AUGGCUGCUAUAGCUGACUCCCACUUUGGCAAGUUCCGUUACCUGACGAGAGGAACCAAGCCAACUCCCAGCAAAGAGGCAUAUUUGCUUCCACCGCUCUCCGAGUUUGGCGAUCUCGUCACCUUACCUCUCACGGAUUUGAAGCCGUCUCUUGAUCUUGAAGAAAAAUCUCCCUACAAGCUUUCCACCCAUGGCUUCACCGCUCGACGCCACCACUCUGCCCUGCAUGCCCCUCCGUAUGAUCGGGCGAGUUGGAACAACGAGAAGCUCCUUCGAGAGAUAUACUUUCCAGAGGUUCAAUCUUUUGUACAGAACUUGACGGGAUGUAAGAAGGCAGUAGUGUCCGCUGCCGUGGUACGGAACCAGCUCUACAGCGAGGGCGAUACGUCGUCUGCUACACAAACGGAGGAUACUGAACAGAGUUCAAAGAAUGAGGAGACAGCGGAACUAUUCCCACCUAUUUUUGGGAACUCUGUCAAAGACGGUAUAUGUCCAGCUCCGAAAGUGCAUCUAGACUGCACUCCAAAGGGAGCAAGGUGCCACAUUCGCCAAUACCAUAGCGAGGUGGCUUCCGCUGCUGGGGAUGUCAUUGAAGCAGAGAAUUCGCUGCUUAAGUCUGGUGUGAAAUGGGAUGAUCUUAAGGAUCACUAUCAGAAAGAGAACAUUGGUGAAGGGGUUCCUCGCUUUGCACUCUUUUCUAUCUGGCGCCCUUUGAGGACCGUCCACCGCGAUCCUCUGGCUUUGGCAUCCGCUGCUUCAUUUCCCGCAUCUGACUACGUGCCUUCUGAUCAGCGUGAGCCAAAGGACAACCGCAUUCCUACCCAUCUAUCACGCAUCAUCGAUCCCAACAACCCCAACGUGGAUAUUUCCACCAGGGAUAAUGAGAAAGAUGAAGCGACUUACCUGACUGAGGGAUAUCUGGCUUAUGCGCCGCAAGAUAAAGAGAAGAGGUCUCAUGACUGGCACUUUAUAUCGCAACAAGAGCCUUCGGAUGUCUUGGUGAUCCAGCUCUUCGAUAAUGAGAUGGAGGCGCAUGCGAGAGCGCUACUGGGAGACGGAAAGGGUGUGUCUGAUCUGGGAGUUGGAGGGGCGGUCCAUAGUGCUUUUGAGUUGGUUGGUCAGGACGAAACUGAUGAGGCGAGAGAGAGUAUUGAAGUCAGGGUCGCAGCCUUCUGGUGA